AUGCACACUAUUUCCAUACCUUCGUUUGGUCGCUUCUCCUGCUCUUUUUGGACUGAGCAUCUCUACUCUCCGUUCAUUCGCAUUUCUCUGGUCUCUGACACAUCCACCACAGACAUGUUGGCUGAGUACUCCAGAAAAGAGAAGCUCUGGCUCAUCAACAACAUAGCUGUCUCCUCGUCCGACAAUCUUAUGCUUUCGCUGGCAGGCGUUCAGUACUUCCUUACGCUGGCCGUUCCCCCGCAAGAGCCCUUUUACGAAAUAGACGAGAUUGCGCGUGCCAUUCGCCGAGGGCUCAAAGCCGAGAGCAGCAGAGAGCAGCGGAGCAGAGUGUUUACAACUACGCACAAUGCAGGCCAGGCGCAAAGGGUGUACAGCGUAGAGGGCCUGCUCAAAAACAACACGCCCCAAAGAGAGGGCCCCGCUGGCGUGCGGUUUUCUCAAAUAUACUCGCACUUUAAGAGAAAGCUGGGCGUUUCUGCGCACAGGCAGAGCCACUACCAGGCCCUUCUAGAGUCCUCUUCGGCCUUUCUGAAAACCCGCUCCCGGGACAUGGUUGGAAACACAACCACGCUCUGGCACAUUAACUCCGCGCAGUACGCCUUUUCCAGAAAAGCGCGCUCGGCCGUGCAGUGCAUAGAAGUGCGCUCAAUCGACGGAAAGGUCUCCGUCUCCGUCUCCUACACGUCUUUGAAGCUCGAGAAGGCCCGGAGAGCGCUCCUCCACAAAACAGACGUCCAAGAGGCUUUGCACAGAAGCCUGUCGCCUGAAAACACGUCUUCUUCCAUUUCUGACCUGGAGAUGCAGCAGGAGUGUGCGGUCUCUGCGAGCACCAAAGAAGACAUACAGGGCGCCCGCAAAAAGGUGACGGAGUACUUGAAGGAAAAAAACCCGCACAUCCGCCCUGCUCUAGAGAGGAUGUUUUCAGAAGACGCCCUGCCCAAGCCCCCCUUCUCCUCCAGCAAAGACACGCAGCCCCAUGCAGCAGAGCAGAGCAGCAAGAAAAAAACAGACGCGUGCACAGGCAGGUAUGCAAAAAGACACGCACGCAUUUUGAAAAAGCAGGAAAAGCAGGCCGCCGAAGAGUCUGCAGCCAUAGACGGCAUUUUGGGGAAGCGGCCGGAGGAGGCGCAGCAGGAAAAGGGCAGCUCGCCCCAGAGCCGGCCAGCCAAUGCAAAGCAGCUGCACGCCCAGGCCUCUGUGCGCCCCAGAACAAAAAGCUCCUUCUUCAUCGGAAAAGACAUGGUUCCCGAGCUUGUGGACCAGGUCGUGAAGCUUAUGCCAAAAAAGAAGGACCUGCACGAGAAGACUGGCUCUUGCACAGCCCAAGAAAAAGGCCCAGCCACAGACGCGGAGCAAAAAACGCCGAAGUCCCCUGCUGAAAGAAAGUCUCUCAGCAAGUGGCUUUCUGGCACAUUUCUCACCGAGUCUGAAUAG